GUUUUCUUUAUCAGACCCAGUAUUAAUUUAUUUUUAUUUUACAAAAAACAUAAGAAACUAAACUUAAACUAAUUGAUUAUACAAAAAAUAUGGCAAACACUAUCGAUAAAGUACGCAUUAUUAUAGUGGGAGAUUCUGGUGUGGGCAAAACUUGUCUCACACAUCUUAUAGCCCACGGCGAAAGUCUUACCCGGCCCGGCUGGACGGUGGGCUGCAACAUCGAAAUCAAACUGCACGAAUUCAAAGAAGGUACGGCCCAACAGAAACCCUUUUUUAUAGAAUUAUUCGAUAUUGGUGGUUCUCUGAGUCAUAAGAAUACACGGGGUGUGUUUUACACACCAACUCAUGGUAUUAUCUUGGUGCAUGAUUUGACAAAUCGUAAAAGUCAUGGCAAUUUACGUGAUUGGUUGUUUGAAAUUCUCAACAAGGAAGGAAAAGACACAUACAAAGGCAACAGCAAUAGUAGUAGCGGUCCAAGUGCUAGUUUAAUGGCAGAUGCCAAUGGUUUUGAUCCCGAGGAAUUUGUAGGCGCUACUCAAAUACCUAUUUUGGUAAUGGGCACAAAACUUGAUUUGCUAGAUGAGAGGAGACAACCGAAGACAGUGCAAAAAGCCGGCGGCAUAGGUAAAACCGAACAGUGUGGUGCCGAAGAAAUUUGGCUUAAUUGUCGUGAUCCCCGCAGUAUCGCAGCCGGUACUACAGAUGCUGUUAAACUUUCACGAUUUUUUGACAUGGUCAUUGAAAAGAAGCAACAAACAAGAGACCAGGGUUUUUAUAGUUCUGGUUCUUUAACAGAUCGUCGCCGUUAUAACACAGCUUCAUCUUCGCCUCAAGGCAGUCCCACCAUAAUUUCAACGGCAAAUAUCUGUGGAAGUGGUAGUUUACACAGUCCUCCAAUUGGAGAUACCAGACCACCAGCAAGAUCCAUGCCAGCAUAUGGUAAUAUAUUAAUGGAUUCCAAUUCUUAGUUUUAAAUAAAAUAUGAUUUUUAUUCAAUAAAUUUAAGAUAAAUUACUUUAA